UUUUUCAGAACGUGGCAUGCCUGGAUGUCCGUGCCCUGGCUGUGGCAUGGCGGGCCAAAGGCUCCUCUUCCUCACUGCUCUUGCCUUGGAGCUCCUGGGAGAGGCUGGGGGCUCCCAGCCAGCCCUCCGGAGCCGAGGGGCCGCAGCAGCCUGUCGCCUGGACAGCAAGGAGAGCGAGUCCUGGGGGGCCCUGCUGAGUGGGGAGAGGCUGGAUACCUGGAUCUGCUCCCUCCUGGGCUCUCUCAUGGUGGGGCUCAGUGGGGUCUUCCCCUUGCUCGUCAUUCCCCUGGAGAUGGGGACUGCUCUGCGCUCAGAAGCUGGGGCCCAGCGCCUGAAGCAGCUGCUCAGCUUUGCCUUGGGGGGCCUCUUGGGCAACGUGUUUCUGCACCUGCUGCCCGAAGCAUGGGCCUACACGUGCAGCGCCAGCCCCGGUGGUGAGGGGCAGAGCCUGCAGCAACAGCAGCAGCUGGGGCUGUGGGUCAUCGCUGGUUUCCUGACCUUCCUGGUAUUGGAGAAGAUGUUCCUGGACAGCACGGAGAAGGAGGGGCCCGGCCAGGCACCCAGCAAAGACCCCACUGCUGCUGCUGCUGCCCCUGCACUCAAUAGAGGCCACUGUCUGGCCCAGCCGGCUGCAGAGUCCAGCCUGCACACUGUGGUCCGGAGCAUCAAAGUUAGUGGCUAUCUCAAUCUGCUGGCCAACACCAUAGACAACUUCACUCAUGGGCUGGCUGUGGCUGCCAGCUUCCUUGUGAGCAAGAAGAUUGGGCUCCUGACGACCUUGGCCAUCCUCCUGCAUGAGAUACCCCAUGAGGUGGGCGACUUUGCCAUCCUGCUCCGGGCCGGCUUUGACCGAUGGAGUGCAGCAAAGCUGCAGCUCUCGACGGCCCUGGGGGGCCUGCUGGGCGCCUGCUUCGCCAUCUGUACGCAGUCCCCCAAAGGCGUAGAGGAGACCGUGGCCUGGAUCCUGCCCUUCACCUCUGGGGGCUUCCUAUACAUUGCCCUGGUGAAUGUGCUGCCAGACCUCCUGGAGGAAGACGACCCGUGGCACUCCCUGCAGCAAGUACUUCUGCUCUGCAUGGGCAUCGUGGUGAUGGUGCUGUUCUCACUCUUCAUCGAGUAGCCAUGCCGGACGUCCCCAACCCCACAGCAAUAAGAGACUCCGAUUCAUCCUGUGAUUGUUCGUGAGACAGAGGGCGAGUGCAUGUGAGAGAGAACGUGCCCCCGACCAGACAGGAGGGAGGGUUGGUCUGUGUGUGGUGUGUACGUGUGGCCUGUGAAGGUGUGUGCAUGAGACCGACACUGUGAUCCUUCGUGUGCUGGGCCCAGGGCCUGGCUUCCCUCCUUGCCACCUCGCCAUUGAUCACCUCCCGGAGUGAGCGGUAAAGAACAGCAGCAUUGGUCCCAAGCAGAGGCCUCUGCCUGUCAGGACCUCAAGGGGAGGCCUUGGGCCUGGCCUUGAGUGAGAGCAGCCCAAGGACAUCUGGGCUGUAGGGAGCCCCAAAGCUGUCCGGCCUCUUGCUGGGGCCUCAUGGGUCCCUGGCCUGAGGGCAUAAACUCCUCUGCUCAUGCACACAGGCCCUGGGCGGCCUAGGAGUCGAGGCUGGGUGGCUUCUCGCUGCUGUGUCCAUGUUCCUGGCCCUUCCUUCACCAGAUUCCAAGGCCCUUUUCCCUGAUGGCCAGAGAAGAGGCAGGUGCUCGUGUGAACCCCCAGCCCCACUCUGCACUGACAGUCACACUCCUCCCAGCACUGAGCUGGGGGAUGCUUCCAAGGCCUGUUCCUCCUGGCUGCCCACCCCAGGCCAGCUCCUGGUCCCCAAUGCCAACAGCUCUCGCCACCUCCAGCUGCCAAACAGCAGCCUGCAGGGCAGUGAGCAGCCCAGGCCAGCUCAGGGAUGCUCCUGCCAGCACAGGGGCCUGGCAGCUACUCUGGGAGGAGGAAGAGUGGGCUAUGUGCCUGCCCCCUGCUCGGGGCCCCUUUGCCUUUCCCACUGGGGAAAGGAGUAAGGCGGGGGCAGCAAGGGCCCCUUUUGUCAGUGCUCAGGAAUGUGCUUUGGGAGAAUGCUGAAGCCAUAAUCCCCAGCUAUUUCCCUUGGCUGUCGCCCAGGUACUCAGCUGGCCCACUCCCUGGCCCAGCUCAAGCUCUGACACUCACUCGCAGCUGUUCUGAGAAGUGGCCAUUGAGAGGGUCUGAGUGGUUUUACAGCAAUUCUGCUGAGGUUCCGUUUCUAUCAUCUGUAAAUAACUGUUCUAUAGACAAGAUGCAAAUAAAUAUCACCCACAAGCUGGCUGGCUGCUUCUGUUCUGCAGAUUCUGUGUUCAAGCAGGGCUGUCCUGGGUGCCCCAGUCGCCCUGCCUGCUGUACACACCCGCCAGGUUAGCUGCUUUCCCAGCCUCAGCUUCAGGCCACCUCAGGGCCCCUGCCCUGGCUAGCUGCCACCCUGGUCUCCCUAGUCAUCCCCACUCUUGCAGAAGGCAACAGAGUAUAGCACUUCCUUUUUCUGGCCUGCUUUGUUGUUAGCUUUUUAGCCCAGUAAUGGCUAAGCAUGUACUAUAAGGCUGGCACUAUGCCAGUUUAGCCCCUCAGCACCCUCAGGGUGUUAUCCUCCUUUUAAAGAGCUACCUGCUGGCACUUUCCCCUGCCCUG